AUGGGUAGGUCACCUUGUUGUGAGAAAGUGGGGUUGAAGAAAGGGCCAUGGACUCCUGAGGAAGACCAGAAGCUCAUCUCUUACAUUGAACAACAUGGCCAUGGAAGCUGGCGUGCUUUGCCUUCCAAAGCUGGACUUGAGAGAUGUGGAAAAAGUUGCAGACUGAGGUGGACGAAUUAUCUGAGACCUGAUAUCAAACGAGGAAAGUUCAGUUUGCAGGAAGAGAGAACCAUUAUUCAACUUCAUGCUCUUCUUGGAAACAGAUGGUCAGCCAUAGCAGCUCACUUGCCCAAGAGAACAGACAAUGAGAUUAAGAAUUACUGGAACACUCAUCUCAAGAAGCGGCUUGACCGAAUGGGAAUCGACCCGGCUACGCACCGGCCUAAGCUUGACACCACCGGCGUUGGCUUGGCUAGCUCCAGCCUCAGCCACAUGGCUCAGUGGGAGAGUGCCCGGCUUGAGGCCGAAGCCAGACUAGUGAGAGAGUCCAAGCUCCAGCUCGGCUCAUGCCCAUCUUUCCCCAGCUCCCCUCAACCGGCGGCUCGACUCGUCCUCAACAAAAUCUCGGCUCGGCCGUCGGUGCCGCCAUGCCUUGACGUGCUCAAAGCAUGGCAGAAUUCAUGGUCAUUGCCGACUAGUACUACUACAGCGGAAGACAAAAACACCAGAAUGCAUAACAUGUACGCCUUGAUGCUCUCCGCCGCCGCCGACGACCUCGAGUCGCCGACGUCCACCUUGACCUUCCCGGAACCCAUGUUACCAACUAGCUCCACCACCGUAGGAUUAUUACCCAAUGAAAAAGUCAUCAUCCCUCCGGCCACCACGACCACCACCACCACAACGGUUAGUUCUAUCUCCGCCGCAGGAAUCGAACCAUGGGGCUGUUUUCCUUUGCCGGAGGAGAACCACGACAUGGCGAUGAUCAUCGGAGAAAGAAGAACAGAAACUUUGCAAGACGACGACAUUAUGGUGGCAGUGGAGGCAUUUAUGGCAGAAAGGUUCAAGAAUGUAGAAGCCAAUUUACCAGAAGGUAUGAACUGUACUAAAGAUAAUGAUGAUGAUGAUGUGCUUGUUUUCGAAUCCAACGAGAGUCUGGGCAACUUGGGGUUCGUGGAUAUUAAUGGCGAAAGCAUGAUUUGCGGAAACACAAACUUUGAGGAAACGAAGAAUCAUUACUGGAAUAGUAUGUGUAGUACCCAAGCUUGGUGAUUGAUUCGCUUACAAGCUAUCUAGUUCUUCAUCACUGUUCGCCAUUUGGACUCAUCAUGC